AUGGCGACGCCUUCGGCUUCGCCGGCGGCCUACUCCUUCAGCUCAGCGCCCAAGGCAGUGACCGCCCGGAAGUACCGCGAGCCCGGGGAGGUGUCCGCCGGGCUCUACCGCUCCGUGAAGGAGACAUGCAUCACUUGGGAUAAGCGUGUGCACCGCGGCAACACCUACAGCAUGUACACCCAGAAUGCCAUCAAGGAGGCGAUCGAGUCAGCCCAGCAGACGAUCAAGCCGCCGAGGAAGCGACCCAAGCCCAAGGAGAAGUCCAUCUUCGACAUGCCGCUGCCAGAGCACGAGCGUGUGGCGGUGGAUCUCACCAAACACCUCGUGGCCCAGGAAGCGCCGCUGAAGGUGGAAGAGGUCGAGUUGCAGACGGACGAGUUCUUGGAUGAGCCUCCGCCGGCCCCGUACCAACCGCAGAGGACGGGCAUCGACGCGUCGACUCAAGUGGAGGACGGGGAGCUCUUCGACUUCGACCGCGAGGUGGAGCCCAUCCUGGACGUCCUGGUGAUGAAGACGCUGGAGCAGUCCAUCAUGGAAGUGGAAGAGGAGCACGAGCUCAGCACAAUGCAUAACUUCAAGGACGAGUGGUAUGAGAGGCAGAGGAAGAUGAUGGCAGCAUGGCACGAGCAGGUGGAAGAGGAAUGGGUCCGCUGGCGCGAGAAGGAGGCGGCCCUCGCGCAGCAGCGCGCGCAGAAGCAGCGCGAGGCCGAGGUCCUGCUGAAGAUCCAGGCCGUGCAUGCAGCGAAAGCGCACUUGGCGAGCAUCGUGCCGAACGCGGCGGAAGAUUUGAGAGAGCUGGCCUUCCCAGAUGACCGCGGCCUGUCAAUCCAGAGGCACUUCCUGCCGAGUUUGUUCCAGAAGGUCCAGCAGGAGGUGGCGUCGCUGAGCCGCGCCCGGCAGCAGAUCGACAUCAUCGCCGCGGAGGGGCUUUCGAGGCAACAGCAGGCCUGGCAAGAGGGCCUGGAGGCGCAGCGCGCGAAGAGCGCGGAGGUGCAGAAGCUGCGGCUCGAGGAGAUGCAGAUUCGCCGGGGCAAGAUCCGAAUCCUCAUCGACGAUGGCACUGGUAACCCGGUGCCGGUUGGACCGAUCCAGCUGUCAUCAGCCGACGCCAUCGAGCAGCUGCAAGACCGCGUGUUCACUUGGCUCAAGGAGAACGAGCCACGGAUUGCGGAGGGCUGGCCGCAUGGCGUGGUGCUUCGCCUGGGGGGCGAGCCAGUGCAGCGGACCAGCCAGCUCUUUGAAGCAAAGCCGGGGCAAAUCUCCAUGGGGCCUCAGGACCCCCCGCCGCCAGAAGAACCGGAGGAACCUGAGGAGGUGGAAGAGGAGGCUGGGGCGCAGGAAGCGGUCCAAUGA